GAGCAGGGAAUGCCUUCUCCCAGGCUGCCCGGCUGCACCUGCAGCUGCAGAGCAAACACGACGCCGCCUCCGCCUUCGUGGACGCCGGGAAUGCCUUCAAAAAGGCUGAUCCACAGGAGGCCAUCAACUGCCUGCUCCGGGCCAUCGAGAUCUACACGGACAUGGGCCGUUUCACCAUCGCCGCCAAACACCACGUGGCCAUCGCCGAGAUCUACGAGGGAGACCUCGUCGACGUCGACAAGGCCAUCGCCCACUACGAGCAGGCGGCCGAUUAUUACAAAGGGGAGGAAUCCAACAGCUCAGCCAAUAAGUGCCUGCUGAAGGUGGCCACGUUCGCGGCGCAGCUCGAGCAGUUCCCCCGAGCCAUCGACAUCUACGAGCAGGUGGGUUCCAUGGCCAUGGACAGCCCCCAUUCCCUGGCAAUGCCCUGAAUCCCGGUUUUUCCGGGUUUUUCCCUGUUUUCCAGGU